GCCGAGCGGAGGAGGCAGGAACCGAGUUCGAGAGGCAGCUGGGUGGGCCCCAUGGCUGGAAUCACCACCAUCGAGGCGGUGAAGCGCAAGAUCCAGGUUCUGCAGCAGCAGGCCAAUGAUGCUGAGGAAAGAGCCGAGCGGCUGCAGCGAGAAGUGGAGGGAGAAAGGCGGGUCCAGGAGCAGGCUGAGGCUGCGGUGGCCUCCUUGAACCGUAGGAUCCAGCUGGUCCAAAAGGAGCUGGACCGUGCUCAGGAGCACCUGGCCACUGCCCUGCAAAAGCUGGAAGAAGCAGAAAAAGCUGCUAAUGAGAGCGAGAGAGGUAUGAAGGUUAUUGAAAACUGGGCCUUAAAAGAUGAAGAAAAGAUGGAACUCCAGGAAAUCCAACUCAAAGAAGCUAAGCACAUUGCAGAAGAGGCAGAUAGGAAAUAUGAAGAGGUUGCUCCUAAGUUGGUGAUUAUUGAAGAAGACCUGGAACGCACAGAGGAGCAAGCUGAGCUGGCAGAAUCCCGUUGCCGAGAGAUGGAUGAGCAGAUCAGACUAAUAGACCAGAACCUGAAGUGUCUGAGUGCUGCUGAAGAAAAGUACUCUCAAAAAGAAGACCAAUAUGAGGAAGAGAUCAAGAUUCUUACUGAUAAACUCAAGGAGGCAGAGACUCGUGCUGAGUUUGCUGACAGAUCGGUAGCCAAGCCAAAUUGAUGAUUUGGAAGAUAAACUGAAAUGCACCAAAGAGGAGCACCUCUGUACACAAAGGAUGCUGGACCAGACUCUGCUGGACCUGAAUGAGAUGUAGAGCACCCCAGGCCCACCCUGCCGCUGAUUCUCCCUCUGACCUGAACUCAGCCUGAGGCCAGCCUGCCCAAAGCUGACCUUUAACCUGAGGGCUGAUCUUUAACUGGAAGGCUGCUUUCUCCUUUCGCAGUUCCCUCCACGGCGCUGUGUCUCUUUCGCCAAACUGUCUCUGCUACUUCCCAGAGAUUCCAGCUGGGCUAGAGGCUGAGCACAUCUGGGAACAACAUUUAAGAGAAUGUGAGCACAAUGCAAAAUGUCUUUAAAAGCAUGUUGUGAUUUACACAUUUUGUAAUUAACCUUUUUUGUUGUUUUGAAGCAACCAUUGGUAAAAAACAUUCCAAAUAAUUCCACAGCUCUGAAGCAGCAAACUAAU